AUGAAUCAACCCAUUACUUCUCUUUUCACUUCUCAAUCAACCAAGGGUGAAAAGUCAAUUCCCGAAAAAGAUCAUGAUGAAGAUGACGUGAUGCUUCACGCAAGUAAAUUUGAGUAUGAAGUUCAGAAGCUUCGUGAUGUAGCUAAAGAACAUCAUAUUCUUUUUUUUGAAGAAGUAAAGAAAGUGGAGGAAUCUGUUAAUCAAAAAGUGGAGGUCCUCAAGUGUGAAAUGUUGAAGGAGGUUGCUAAGAUUGAACAAAAUUAUUUGACUCUUCAUGUUAAGAUAAAUGUUGUUGUUGAGGCUAUCAAGAAACUUGUUGAGUAUUAUACUUCUUUUACUACCAAGUUUGAUACCCAAAUUGAUGUUGAUUCGAAGGUAUUUGCAAAGUUGGAAGAAUUUGUGGGGAGCCUGAAGGAGUCUAUUUCAAAGCUUGAUACUUCUCAUACAUCUUUUGUUACUCAGGGUUCCCUAUCAAAUAUGUUUUCUUCCUUAGAAACAUAUCUUAAAGUAGAACUUGCUCCUUUUCUCAAACUUGUUAAUUUGAUGCCAUCAAAUGCCCAACCUUUCAAACCAGUGGUGCAAGGGGGAGAUAAGGGGGUUGGCUCAUCGAAGGAUCAUGAUCAAGGAAACAUUGCUGGGAAGGGUUCGAGUUCAAAGCCACCGCCUUUGAAGCAAUAUAAAGGUGAUAGAGGAAAAGGAAUUGAGAAAGGAAUUUCGGAGGAGGAGAAAAAGAAGAAUAGUGAAAAAGAAAACGAAAGAUAG